CACGGUUCUUUUUACUGUGUUUAUCUGUCAUGUCACUUUCGGUGUCGGAUUUGAAGUCGGAGUUUUACCGCUGUCAAAAUUCGUCGUUCGUAUUACUGCCGAGUCUUGAUUGAACGCAGGAACGCAUCCUCAUCAUUCCUUCAAAUACCUUUUUGCCUUGUGACUUUUCUUCGGGAAUCGAAUACAAACUUUCAAAAUGGAGAUUGAUGAGGAAGAGUUCGAGCAACCUACAUCUAGCAGCAGCCGUGGAGAGCGGAAGCGAUUUGAAGUGAAAAAGUGGAAUGCCGUCGCAUUGUGGGCCUGGGAUAUCGUGGUAGACAACUGCGCAAUUUGCCGUAAUCACAUCAUGGAUCUGUGCAUCGAGUGUCAGGCGAAUCAAGCUUCGGCGACCAGUGAAGAAUGUACCGUCGCAUGGGGUGUAUGCAACCAUGCAUUCCACUUCCACUGUAUUUCGAGAUGGCUUAAAACCCGACAGGUAUGUCCGUUGGACAACAGAGAAUGGGAGUUCCAGAAGUACGGCCAUUAGGUUUUCGGGGAUGUGUUGCGAAGGAGAAUUAUGUUGGUUUCCUUGCGCAUUGGUUCCAGUUCGGAGGUGCAACAUUUUUAGGUCGGCAGCAGGGAAAAUACCUUUGUAAAACAUUGACUCUUGAACAGAAUAGAUGCAUCGCUGGUUGCUUCUAUUUCUGAAGGAUAAAUAAAAUUCCACGCUAAAUAUGUCUGUUGCUCACUUAUCGAA